GGAGGAACUAUUCUCAAGCAUCUGGACUGGCAUAGAAAAGAGGAGAAAGAACAUUUAAAAGGAGUACAAGAUCCCCAGCAUGAGCGAAUUAUUACUGUGUCUACUAAUGGAAGUAUUCACAGUCCGAGGUUCCCUCAUACUUACCCAAGAAAUAUGGUCUUGGUGUGGAGAUUAGUAGCAGUAGAGGAAAAUGUGUGGAUACAGCUCACAUUUGAUGAAAGAUUUGGGCUCGAAGACCCAGAAGAUGACAUAUGCAAGUACGAUUUUGUGGAAGUGGAGGAGCCAAGUGAUGGGAGUGUAUUAGGGCGCUGGUGCGGUUCUGGCAGUGUGCCUGGAAAACAGAUUUCUAAAGGAAAUCAAAUCAGGAUAAGAUUUGUAUCUGACGAGUAUUUCCCUUCGGAACCAGGGUUCUGCAUCCACUACAGCAUCGUGGUGCCGCAGUUCACAGAAACCGUGAGUCCUUCAGUGUUGCCCGCCGCGGCCCUGCCCCUGGACCUCCUUAAUAACGCGGUCACUGCCUUCAGUACCUUGGAAGACCUGAUUCGGUAUCUUGAACCAGACAGAUGGCAGUUGGACUUGGAAGACCUAUACAGGCCAACGUGGCAACUGCUGGGCAAAGCUUUUGUUUUUGGAAGGAAGUCCAGAGCGGUGGAUCUGAACCUCCUGAAGGAGGAGGCGAGGCUGUACAGCUGCACGCCUAGAAACUUCUCGGUGUCCGUCAGGGAGGAGCUGAAGAGGGCGGACACCAUCUUCUGGCCGGGCUGCCUGCUGGUCAAGCGCUGCGGCGGGAACUGCGCCUGCUGCCUGCACACCUGCAGCGAGUGCCAGUGCGUCCCCAGCAAAGUCACCAAGAAGUACCACGAGGUCCUUCAGCUGAGACCCAAGACGGGUGUCCGGGGUUUGCACAAGUCCCUGACCGACGUGGCCCUGGAGCACCACGAGGAGUGUGACUGCGUGUGCCGAGGGAACGCGGGAGGAUAACGGCCCCGCAGCCCCGCCAGCGCGGGCUGGGGCUGCCUCGGGGGACAGGGCCCGCACCGGCCUCCAGCCCCCUGCCCGGUGCUUCUCCAGGGCCCUUCCAUCUGCGGGGCCUACAGGCGAUCCAAGGGAGGAGGCAGCCCGCGGCAUCAGGGCUCUGGCACCCGCUCUUUGCAGGGGAUGCUCGGAUGCUGGGAGGAGCGGUCCAGGUGUGGAAAAGGAUGCAGGGCUGUCGGCCGCUGGCCAGUGGCCCGCCCCCACUUGCUCCCAGGUCUCCAGGUGGCUGGCAUUCACGUCAGCAUAGGAGAGACGUGUGGCCCCGAGCACCUGAUGCUGUCACCUCACUUAACUCUCCAAUUCUGAGCUCUGGGCCUAGAACAACGGAAAUCUGGGAUUUUCUUCUUCUAUUCACAUAUAUAAGCCAGAGUGUUCUAUGUCCCGCCAGCGUGGGCUUUAAAAAGGAACUCUGUUGCCAUGAAUUAAGCUUCUGUCACCCUGAUAAGAAAGACUGGAGUUUCCACAUUUCUUAUUACAGUUUCUACCACUUAGAAGCAGAGAACUACAUUCAUGGCCAGGAAGAGACAGCUUUCAGAAGAGUGGCCUUAUUUUCACUUUAUAAGUUGGUUUAUUUGUUUCGUUGUGUACAUUUUUAUAUUCUCCUUUUGACAUUAUAACUGUUUGCUUUUCUAAUCUUGUUAAAUAUAUCUAUUUUUACCAAAGGUAUUUAAUAUUCUUUUUUUUUAUGACAACCUAGAUCAACUAUUUUUAGCUUGGUAAAUUUUUCUAAACAGAAUUGUUAUAGCCAGAGGGACAAAGAUGAUAUAAAAUAUUGUUGCUCUGACAAAAAAAAAA